AUGCACGACGACGAAUAUGUCGAGAAACUGAAUCGUAACCCCCAACAGCAGCGGUUCUUCUCUAAGGAUCUGGCUAACUGGUACUGGUCUGGAUACCCCGUACCCAACCCUGAGCCGGAGAUAGGACCCGAUGGCAAGCCGGUGGCGCGCGUUGAGGUUGGCGACGUAGGGUACAUCUCUUCUGAAGGCAAAUUCAGUCGGCUGUUCAAUAUGCACCUCGAGCCGGGAGUCGAUGGACAGCCCGCGUUGUUCGACCUGCCCAAAGGCUUCGUGUGCGCGCCUCCGAAGAUCAGGAUGCGGCAUUGGACGUGCAGGAAUACGUCUAUGUAUGCGCACGUGCCGGAGGCGCCUGAGAAUUGGCGAGAGAAGAUCGUUGGUUGGGGCGACAGGGUGCAGAGAUCACUCGGCCACGAGCCCCCGCAUAGGUGGCGCCCGAACGCCCCCGGUGCCAUCCUUAUCGUGGACCAGAAUCGUUGGAGGGCAACGGUCCAAUGCGAAGACGCGCUCAACGUUCUACACUACACCGCCUACGUACAGACCCACGCCAGAAGCUGGCACGAAUUCGCAUCAUCGAGAUACGGUCUCGAGUUGGAAGACUUGAUCCUCGUCACGGGCAUGGACCGAGGCGCGAACUGGGUCACGGCCGUACACGAUGGCAAGAAGAUCCAAGCGUUCGAUUUCGGACCCAAGACUCCGUAUCCCGACGAGGCUUCGCGACGCGUGGCGGAGGAGUAUUGGAAGGAAUGCCUUGAUACGCUCAUGGAGAAUACGAAUGUCAAGUGGGGGAUGACCGGCCCGGGAGGGCGUCUGGAUGAGAACGAUGAGAAGGCCAAGGCCAAGUGCAGGGAUCUGCCUGAGAGCAAUGGGCGCCUUCGCGGGUCGAGAUACGACCAGACUUUGUUCCUUCACUACGUUCGUGCAAAGCGCCGCCCGACUCAGGAGGUGCCGCUGGUUGCGGAGAAGAUGCCAAAUGCGGGGACCUCCUCCGAGUACCUACUCGAGAAGAGUGGGCUGGAGAAGAUCGGGGUCGUGGACCACGGACACAAGCCGCAGGGUGGUCGCGAGCCAUUCACUGACAGUCUUGAACCUGUGCUUGACUACAUCAUGAGGUACUCGGACGCCGAUAUCGCCGUUGCGCAUAGCGGUCAAAUAUAUCGGCUGCCUGGUUCCUUCUGGGAGAAGUGCUUAGAUGCAUAUUUACUGGUCAAAGACGGCGUCGGAGUCCUCUCAUCGGACAGGGCUGACGGCGCUCGUCGUUUGAAGUUAGCGCGAGUCUUUGCGGAUAUGUUUUUGAGAGCUUAUAUCGUUGAGUAG